GUGAAGCCCGGUUUGCCAAAUUGAAUGCCUGAAAACCCCUUUUCAAGAAGCAGUAUAAGCAAAACUUGUAUUUUCAAUGGCGGCUCAUUAUUCCCCACGUAAAUCGAGCGGACCGGUUCUCCGAUCACUCUCACCUUACGGAAGAUUCGGCCACCAAUACUCUUCACGCUCCUCUCACGCGCCGUCUUCUAACACUGCAUCGUCCUUCGCUUCCACCACAUCUUCCACCUUUACAGCCGCUCGCUCCUUCCAAAGGCCCACUUCUCCUACCCGCGUAAAUCUCUAUAACUACACAAACCGCUCCGUCCGUUUCACCUCCUCACCGAACCGGUCCAUCUCAGUGUCGAGCCGGGAGAAUCCCCGGGUUGCCACCGGUCAGAAGAGAACUUGUAUGUGCUCCCCUACCAACCACCCUGGUUCGUUCCGUUGCAGCUUACAUAAAGGAUUCGCGAACCAAAGUUCACUUCAUUCCCAAACGGCGUCGUCUCCAGUGCGAUUGAACAUGCGGCGUUCCGCCAUGACGAACUCUCUGGUGAGGAUAGGGACUGUGGAAGGAGACCUAGUGAAGAGAACUCUUGCAGCGUUGAUCCGUCCCUCCUCCCAUCAGCAGCGACGCCGCGCCGGAUUUCAGCCACGCAAAAGCCGGCUUUCCGUCAUGUCCAAGGCCGAAGGUCAUUGAAUGGUGGUUAAUCAUACGACGGCGCAUACGGUGGCGAUGACGUCACUUCCAGGAAUCGAACGGAACGGGUUUUUUUUUGUAUUCCGUAAUCCGAUAGGAUCCGAAACAUUGUCACUGAGUAAUUAAUUUCGUGUAUAAAUAUAAUUACCUGCCAAUUAGUUUUCCAAAAUCGGAUUCUUAACUUCAACUUAAUUAUUGGAUUACAAUUCCAAUUACGGACUGGACUUAAUUUGGAAAAUAAUCAGAAAUUUAAA